UGACAUUGACUUUGAAUAUCUAGAAGCACACCAAAGAACAUUGACAAAUAUAUUCAUGUGAGAAAUUAAUAGGCCUCCAUUUGAAGAUUCAUCCCGUUCUAUUCCUCAAUUUCAUCGCAGACAGAUGGCUUCUAUUUCCUACAGUUGUGCAGAGUGUGAUUCUCCUCUGAAUUUGAGCAGCAGCAAUCUAUAUCCCCAAGAUUUCUACUUUGAAGCAGGUAACAAGGGAACUCUUUCAUUCUCUGCAAUUGAUCUGACCAAAUUCAGACUUGAACAGGAAGACAAGAUAAAACCUUUUUUCGAGACCCUCAAUUAUUGGGGUCUUCAGAGAAAGAGAACCAAACUCAAGUGUGCUUCCUGUGGAAAACUCCUUGGUUAUAUUUAUGAUGAUGGCCCUCCAGCUACAAACGGUAUUGGCCAAUUUGGCAUGGGCCCUAGUCAGGUUGUGCCCAGGUUCCCUAGGUAUCGAUUCAAGAUCAAGGCCCUUAAGCAGCAACAAUAGUAGAAUCAUUAUUUUUGUUAGUACCCGAAUGUUAAAAGUUGUUUGUUCAUGGCUCUCAAAUUCAAAGUUCCAUGAUUCUUUAUUCUUUCUCAGAUUUGAGAGCAAGAGAUUUUAAUUGGAUUCAGUUCAAGGAUAUUUGUUAUGAGAGAUUCAGAGUUCUACCACAUAUGUGAAUUAUGAAAUUUAACAUGUAUGGUUUUCCUUUUUGGUAUACCUUGUUUAAUUAAAAUACUUGUAUGAGACACGGGAGUCCUUGAAGCUAGAUUUUGGCUUUUUUAAUACACAUGCCUCUUCUUCUC